CUGCUCCUGGAUUAACGUGUUAGGGAGGAUUUCAGACACGUGUACUUUUAAUCGCGGAAUCAAUAUAAAUACAAUUUGCCUUGCCACAUACUUUUAAAAAUUACAAUUUGUUAAUCCAUCCAACGGGGUUCCGUCCAGUUUCUGUUGCUCAAUUUCAUUUACAAAGUAUGAAUCAACUCGCGGCAGUAAAACAUGAAAUUUAUCCUAGAGAUCCGACGUAAGGAUCGAGCCUGGGGCGUCGAGGUUGCCAAGCGAACGUCUUAACCAUUCGGCCACGCUGCGAACUUGUUAACUUACUGUAGAUGGGCGUUAAGGGAAAGAAAAGGAUUAACAGAGGAAGUGUCAAAAAAAUUAAUCUAGCGAUUUCGGUGUGGACUAGCUCUGAAUGUUAAUCAAAACAAAACUCCAGGAUGGUAGAUUACUCAGUCAAAUUUUGGAUUAUGGUAAAACAGGAAUAUCAUUAGGCCUUAUAUCUAUUUGGUGUGUUGCUGUUGUUGGUUGCUGUUGAAGGAAGCAAGAUGAUUGAUGUGGUGGCCACCCUCCCUCGUGGGCCAGUCUACCUUGCAGGGGAGACGAUCCAUUGUAUCAUCACUUUCUCGAAUUCAGCUCUUCCUGAAUAUGAAUCUCAUGGUGAGCAGUAUGAUGUUCUUGCUUGGGCCAGUGUCCAGAUACAUUGUCAAAGAACGGUGAGUGAGACACGUAUUGUUUUACCAUCUUCCACUAAUUUAUCCACUGAAGAAGUAUCAACAACAGGCUGUGAGACAUCGUUUGUUCCAAACAAAGGAGAAAAAGGUUGUACAGUUCUUUCAACAAAACCAAAAAUACUUUUCUGUGACCUCAAACUGGCACCUGGAGAGUCAAAACAAUAUGAAUACAAAGACAUCGUGCCAGCUGAUUCACCUCCUUCCUAUCGAGGUCAAGCUAUUAAAUACUCUUACAAGAUCACCAUUGGUACACAGAGACUCAACCAACCAACAAAAUUACUUCGCAUUCCUAUCCGUGUUAUGGUGCUAUUUGGGUUAAAUGAUACAAGUGUUUAUAAUGAAAACGAAGUAGACGUAGCUCCAACAAACCCAUUCUUGAAGCAUUCCAGGAAGGAGAAUUCUAUUUUAGAUAUGGCAUUACAAGUUCUAUCCACAGUCACCACCAGGAAAACUGCUCGUUUCUACAACAUCACAAAUGUUCGAGGAAAAGUUGCCCGUUUUCAUCUGUUUAAAAAUGCAUAUCGUUUGGGAGAAGAUAUUAAUGGAGUGUUUGAUUUUUCAGGUGGUAGUGUAGCCUGUGUCCAGCUGAGUGUUUCCCUGCAGAGUGAAGAGAGCGUUGCCGAGGAAUGCUGUCGCAAAAAGAACCAACCUACUUCCAUCACUUUCUAUGGCAAACAGCAAGAGAUGUGCCUUCAUACCCAGCGCACCCACAUCAGUAUCCCUGUGCCACUUACUAUUACUCCUGGCUUCAUUACUGACAUAGUUUGUCUUCGAUGGAGACUUCAUUUUGAGUUUGUCACAGUUGUUGAUGAAGUACACGACAGCGAACAGAUCGUAGCAGCUGAUGGUUGCUCCAUGUGGCAGGGAUCUCCAGUACUAAACGUUGAAACAAUGGUGUGGGACCUACCUAUUAAAAUAUUUCCUACGAGUCCAAUCCAUGCAUGGAGUGCUACUUUGCUGAAAAGUGAAGAAUUUAUCCAAGUUUAAUGAUUUUCCCCCCACAAAAAAAAAACGAAGAGAAAGAAAAAAUCUGUAUAAUACCUGAAUAUAUUUGUGUGAAUGUAAAGGAGAUUGAUUGCAGGUGUGUUGACAUUAAUGAACAUUCGUAAAAUGUUAGCAGCUAGGUAUUUGAAUCUAAUAUUACUGUGUUACCUGUGGGUGUUACCUGUGAGGCCUGUAAACCGAGAUAUGUUUAGGUCACUCACAACAAAUAAAGGGAUGUCAUCAUAGCUUUGUAUUAUAAUUUUCCCUCUAAAAUCACAACAACUAAAUCUUUAUUCACAUAUCAGCUACCCAUUUAUUUAAUUGAAAAAAAAAUGGAAGUUUAUUUGAGAUAGUUUCUCUGAAAAUACUCUCCUGUAGAUAUCCAGGAACAAACACUGAGAAAGUAACUUAGUCAUUCUUUAUUGUUACAGACAUUUUAAAGAAUCACAAGAGCUCUAGCAGAAUUGCUAUUUAUUAAGUUUUGUUUUUUUUUCAACACUUCUUCCAUUUUCUGUCCAAAUUUUUAUUUCCUCACCGAGACAUAUCUUUUCUAAAUAAAUCAAUAGGAUUUUAAACGA